AUGACUGGUAAAUCGAUAACACAGACGAAGUUUGAGCGUGAAGUAGCCAAAUGGGAUGAGAGUGGAAACGAUAUUAUUGUGCUAGCUAAGCAUAUGUGUAUGAUCAUGACGGAUAUGACUGACUUUACAAGGGGCCAUGGUCCGUUGAAAACAACAAUGGAUGUUAUUCGGGCUGCUCAGGAAAUAUCUGUGGACGGGUCAAAGGUAAAAGCUGAUGUGCAACAGAUUGGAAAUGAUGUGGUUGUUUCUGGUUUGGAAUCAGCCAUGUCGUUGAUUCAAACAGCUCGGAAUCUCCUUGGCGCAGUGGUGCUAACAGUGAAGGCGGCGUACAUUGCGAGCACGAAGUUUCGACGUCAUAACUCGGUUGCACCACAAGUGCAGUGGCGUAUGGCGCCACCGAUGAAACAGCCAUUGGUGCCUAUCCAGAAGAAACACGGUGUGAUUAGACGUGCAAGCGAGCGGCGACCAAUGGCUCCCGCUCGUGCUCUUGCCGAAUUCGUGCAGUAG